UACAAGUAUGAUAAGCUUAAUUUGAUGUUCAUGGCAGAGGAUUCCAAGAAAAUUUAUGACUAAACAUGGCAAGAACCUAGCCAACCUUGUAUUUCUCAAUGUUCCAAGUGGUGCAGUAUGGAAAGUUGAAUUGAUGAACUCUAAUGAAGAAGUUUGGUUAUCCAAUGGCUGGAAAGACUUCACACAAUAUUAUUCGAUUCGCUUUGGACACCUUUUGGUAUUCAGAUAUGACGGGAAUUCCAAUUUUCAUGUCAUUAUAUUUGAUAUGAGUGCUUCAGAGAUUGAAUAUCCAUCCAAUCCCACCCAAAAAUUGCAAUUGCUUGAAACAGAAGAAGACAUUGAAAUAGAUGACUCUGUUGAAAUCUUGGAAGAUUUUCCCACACAGCAAACAAAAGUGGAGGAAGUUUCUGAGACGGAUGAACUUGAGAGAGAUUCUUCAAUUGAAAUUUUGGAUGUUUUUCCUAAAUGCCAAACAAGUAGGGCUGCAGAUAUGGAGAAAGAUGGCUCUGUUGAAGUGAAGAGAUCCAAUCUAAGAUGUAAAAUGGAGAACUUCGAUGGGUUCAAGCUUCCGAAUUUAAAAAAUGAUGUGAAGCCUCCUUGUUUGACACGCGAAAUUAAGAAAGAACAUAGCGGAGGCACGUCCAUUGAUGGGAAAGCUAGAGCCCUCCAAAGAGCCAAAGCUUUUAAAUCUGAAAACCCUUUCUUCAUGGUUUCUAUGCACCCAUCAUAUGUUUGUUUCAGAUUCAAUUUGAAUGUACCAUUAGCAUUUGCGAUGAAACAUUUCAGCGUGAAGCAGAGAGAUGUCAUACUAAGGCUUUCUGAUGGGAGAGCAUGGACUGUGAAUUGCUACUGUCAUCUGAAUGGAAAAUGCAAAUUUGGUUGGGCUUCAUUUGUGCGAGACAACAAUUUAAAAGUAGGCGAUGUCUGCAUCUUUGAGUUGAUCGACGCCACUGAAGUUUGUCUGAAUGUCACAAUAUUUCGAGCAGUGUAUUAAUAUAUCAGAGUGUUUUGAGAGUUGAAGACAGAAUGCAAAAAGAUGUGGUAAAAUUUUCAUUAAGUGCUAUUUUGAAAUGUAUGAUCAUACAAAGAUACGUAUGUGUUUACAUGUUUUGCGAGUGUUUUGAUCAACAUGUUCUUGCGUCCUGUUUUUCAAUGUUUUGAUUGUCUACUCUUUCAUAUCACCUUGGGCCUUUGCUAACAAACCUUAUUAAAGAUUAUAUGUCUAUGGUUACUUGGAAUCACUAGUUUUGCAAUUCGCUUCAGAAUUAUAUGUCUAUGUUUGU